AUGUCACCUCAACUCGAGCAUCUUCCGGACGACGAGUUCUUUCGAAAUCCAUCUCUAAGGAACAUAUCUGCCUUCUUCCUCGGCGGGACAUUCCUGUUGUCCGUGUAUUGUAUAAUCAACUCCUCUGCCGUCCAGUUCAUUGUAGGAACAUUCAGAAAUGUAUUCCGCACCAACUCGUACAUCGCUGCCAGUCAAGAGGCCAUGGAGGAAAAUGCCGCGGAAAAGGCACGAAUGCGUCGAUGGAUUGAGGAGACGCUGCUAGGAAACUCGGAGAACUCGGAUCCCAAAAACCUCAUGUUAAUUCUCUCCAUAAUUGUUGCUAGUGCUAGUCUUAGCAUGUUUGGCUCUACACUUCUCUUUCGCGCCGGUCAAGACGGCUUUUGUACAUUUGUUGUCGGUUGGUUUGGCCUCUCCGCAGAGAUGAUACGCAUAAUCGCGUUUAUACGGAUCGGUCUCGACCUGCGCGCCUUGGGUACGAAGAGAUGGGAGAUGUAUCUCACAUGGUUGUAUAUUCUUGGCUCCGUCGCUUUGAUGAUCGCCAAUAAUGUACUCGCCCCUGGCAUAUUACGAAUCUACUACAAGGAUGGUGGACUUGCCUUGUGCUCCAGACAACACCUUGUCAUCACGGCGCUGCUGACGGCACUAUUCAAUAUUCUUUUCGAGGUUUACGCCGCGUUUCGUUUCGCCAUUUUCCUCGCGCCAUCGUUUCUUCGCCUCCAGCAUCGGCUUGAAGCGCUACAGGAUCUGCGAAUGGCCAAAUGUGUUUCACUUCUCCUACUCGAGCUACUCACUAUUGUUCCGUUCAUCAUACCCGUCAAUAUCGCAGCGGAGUGUAUUCCAUUCGCCCUGGCAUCGGCGAUUGUCGUAGCAGUCUUCAAUCAAGAGCAUGCUCAGGUCACAAAGGCCUUGACGCGUGUCGAUUCGAUCCCAAGCACCCGAAUGCUCAACAUUUUCAGGGAGAAUCGGGAAUCGAUUGCACCUCCGACGUCGCCACUCUCAGAGUUUCAUUUCCGGACAAGCAGCGAGCGACACCAAUCGGUACGCCGACAACGAGCCAUUGAGCACCCUCCAUUCUCUUUGGAGGCGCUCACAGAGGAACGAGAAAGGGCAUUGCGCAAACUCAGCCGGGCGAGUAAGAGUCGAAUAGCGGAGAACCCCUAUGCUAUCCCCGGUAGCGCACCAGCAGUCAUGGUAGAGCGAAGUGUACGUGUGUGGCCUGCAAUUCCCGUUUCAUUGCAACGCGCAAGCCGCGAAGCAGCGAUACGGCAAUCGACACGGCAGUCAACAGGUUCCUUCAAGCGCUAUUCAGACUUUCCCAGUCCGCCACCGAACCCUCCCACCACAUCAACGACACCCGUCUUCCAAAUACCCGCUCCGGCCAAUACCUCUAAGCCUCUCCCCGCCUCGCCAAUGCGAAAGGAUCAUUCAGCCAGACGAUACGAUCCUUCGCGAGUGAUAGGAACGAAUCCGGUUGACCCACAAGUUGUCGACGCGCCGGCAACUACAUCCAAGACCAGCGCAGCGUCCAAUCCUUAUUGGUACAUGCUUCGCGGCGACCGCAUCAGCCCCGUGCAUGGAACCGUACGCACAUCAAAGCAUAGGAGUAUGAUGGGAUCCAAUUUACAACGGGCUUCGACUCGCUCAGAUAGGCAUCGAAGGUCAAGCGUGGAUUCUGGUGGACGUCUGCCUUACAAUCCCGUGGGAAGUGAAGACGAAGGAGAAGACGUCCCCCCGAGCCCGUUCACUGCCCCAGCACGAAGUCAUCAUCCAGUACAAACACCUGUCAUGGGGACGAAUAGUAACUCGGCGGCGGUCCAGACAGCGUCAGGUGUUCUGGCCACUGGGGUUGCGGAGCCGAUGAGCUCGACGCGCAUACGGUUUGGAGCACGACCGAUGCGGAAUAUCAGUCAGGCAGAGUCGAGUUUUAGUCACACUCGUGAGUCUGCUGGCGGUAGCAAUGCGGGGAAUCGGAGGAACGACAAAGUCGAGUGA